UUCAAUAUAUUUUUUUUCACAUGAGGGGAACAUAUAUUGCAUUCUGAAAUGCAUGCUUAUAUUGAAGAUUUGUAAUUUUAUAUUAUGUAGUAACCAGAAACAAUACCAUAGAACGUAGAGAGAUUGCGUCCUGAGAAAAUUGUUCACAACUGCAUGUUCAUACUUGCAUAGAGUAGCUGUAGAGUUGUGGCAGGUGUGCGAAGAGCAAGGUCGCAUGAAUUAUUCCAGAGUUGAUUGAGUACGCUUUAUUCGUAUUGUAUUAACUUUAUGUACGUGUAACAAGGUCUUAUUAUGGCUUUUCAACAAAACCAGCUGCAGUUCAACGUUGGUGUCCCAACAUACACAGAAAAUUUAGCAUUUCGUCACCAUCGACCUGGAGCAAUCGUCAUAGAAAAACCUGCUGUACAACAAGCUUCGUCAGUGUUUAUCCCGCGACAAAAUGUGUCUCAUGUCACUAGAGAGGUUAAUUCGAGUUCAUUGUCAAGUGAUAGAAUGGAAAUGGCCCUGAAACUGGCCCAGAGAGACAUCAAGAAACAGAGAGAACAAGAAAGAAUGCAGGCACUCAGACCAAAAAGUAGAUCUCCCUCACCAAAAUCUAGGACAAAAAUAAUUCCAGGGCAAAGAUUUUGGAGCAAAAAUCAAAGGAGGCGUGAUCCCAAAAAGGAAAACCGAGUUUUAACAGUACGAGAGCAUGACAGGAAUCGCCAACCAAAAGAAACGCGAACACAGACCCCUCCCCGAGCACCAAAGUUUGAGGGAAGGGUACCAGAUCCAAACUUUCCUGUUUCAUCCAAUUCACCACCAUCAAAAGACACCGACUUAAAAAUUUAUCCAAUAAGAAAGCUUCCCCACAGUGACCAGCCAGCCAAAGAGAUAGAGAGGCUGCAGAGGGAGAUGGAAUCUUAUUUACAGCAGAUCCAGGUCAUCGAGCAGAGGGCCAUGAGGGAACAGUCUAUGGAUUUUCUUCAACACAAGUCGAAGAAGAAGAAGGGUUACCUGCCAGACGAGGAGGACAGCGAGAGAAAACAGGUUAGGAGUGAGGAGAUCCAGACGCGGGCCGCCAGACAGCUGUACGUACUCAGACAGCAGGUCCGAGAGGUCCAGAACCAGUUAAUCAGAGGGGAACCAGACAAACUAAAGCACACCAAGAAGAGUCAGAUCAUGGCCCGUUUGGCCGCUGCCCACCGUGGAGCAGUCAGAGCUGUCCAGUCCUUCGUAAACAGCCUACCCUUCACGGACCUCCAGAGGGGACUACCCAGCAGUUACCAGGAGUUAGCUCUCCUGAUCAGACAGAUGUCACUACUGAGCACACAGCUUAGUGCCGACGACAAGUCCAGUGUCCAUCAAGAUCUGCUGACCAUGCUGGACAGAGUUGAUGAGUUGAACAAGGCCUGGUGUGCAGAAGUCCAGACAUCUGGUAGAACAGAAGGAGGUCCCCGCCAGAAGUCACCCCCCAGGCCUCCGUUUGAGGUUCCCAAACCUGCCCAUCAUACCAAACCUACAUUUGUGUCCCAUAAAGGCAAAGAGAACAGAGCUAGAAAAGGUGUUCUGAUCAGCAGAAAACCAGCCAAAGUUACAAAGAGAGCACCGCAAGGUAGAACACUGACCCCAGAGAGGAGAGCAACUUUACAGGCCGGAAUAGCAGCACUGAUGCAGGGAGAUAAACAGAAGAGCCAAGCUGAUCUUACAGAGGGAGGUAAACAGAGCAGCAAUGCUGGAAUGGCUUGGGAGAUCCCAAUAAGUAAACCCAAAAAGAGCCUCAUCAUCCCAGGAAAAUUACAGGCUAAACGAGACAAGGCCCAGAAACCUGUGAUCAAGUCUGUACCAGAGACACAUUAUGCUGACCCCACGGUAGCCUCCCAGCUUAAAGUGACCACCCCCUACUUACAGGGGACAGUCCUAGAGAGGUCAUUUUCUGCUCCCCCAUCCCCCAGAGGUUACAAUGUCAGUCCAGAUAGCCCUCUACACGGAGCCUGGAAACCUGCUGGUAAAACACCAUCCCAGAGUAGAAGAACUCGAUCUCAGAGUCCACAGUCCGCCCGACGAAAAAUUAUGUCUCAGGACCUAGAUGAAAGUGUUGUACAAAACCUCUACCUUGAUGCCUUUUCUAGCCCCAGCCAGUCGAUUGAGUUCCAGAACAGAGGAAGAUCUCCUACAAGACAAAGACGUCAGUUCGGCAGAUCCCCCGAGGGUUUGGUCACUGAGGCAGAGAUGGCAAUCAGAAUGAGACUGAAACCAUUGUUAGACCAGGCAGAGAAAAUGGCAGCCAGACAGGAGCGUUUGUUAGUCACAAAAGACGUCUCUGCCAGACAGAAGCUAGCAGACAAGGCCUACAACAAUGUUGAAGCUCAUGGAGACGUGCUGGCUGAGAUGAUUUUGAAUGACAUCAUCAGGGACACUGCCGAGGAACUGGAGAAUUUAGAAAUGUCGGAGCGAGCUGGGCGUGAAGCAGUCCGACUACAGAACAACCCAACACUAGAGAACGUGUUCCAGAGACUGGAACAGAUGGAGCAAGAGCAGUUUGAAAUCAGAAGGCGCUGGGCCACUCUGGAGUUUGAGGAAGCCGGAUCAAAUCUAAGAUCUAAAAGACAAACAGCAUCAUCUCUUGUUUCAAAGCCAAAUGCACCUGUUGCCAUGGAAAUCACCAGGAACAGUGGACCUAGUGUAAUGGGCCAAAAGACUUUGUAUCAACAAGAGUACAAAGAGGACCAACCAAUCAUAUUUACAAAAUUCAAACCUGAACCAAAGUUUGUACAAAAUAGAGUCGUACAGGAAGAGGAGGGAACCAAUAUAGGAGGCACCAGUAAAAGAGUGGAGAUAAGUCUGGCUAAAAACAUGGUGGAUAAUAUCCACAGUUACGUGGAAAAAUAUGAGAGACAUUUAAGGAAAACCUCUCAUCAGAUUCAGGGAAAAUUUGAUCCAUGGAAAUUAGUUGAAGAAGUUUCUGAUCAAGUAUUGGAGGAUUGUCUGAAUGAAGUGGCUGGGGAGUUGGAGGAUAUCAAUGAAGCAGCAGUUAACCAGCUCUGUAAAUCAGAGUUUAUGAUCAAUUCCACCCUCAACAGCACACAGACUUCACCAGGCUUGACUCCCGGGGGUUCACCCCACCAGAGCCCUGCCCACUCACCCGGGGGGUAUGUCCCAGUGACCUCUCCUAAUGGGGCGGUAAGGGUGGUGGCCUUCAGUGAAAAAGAAGAUCUGGUCUCCGCCUCUCAGGAAGAACUGACGAUAUCAGAGGAGAUGACGGAGGAGGACGGCGAGGAGGAGGGGGAGGAUUACGAAGACGAUUAUGAAGAAGACGACUGAUGAGCAUAGAAGAAGACGACUGAUGAGUGUAGAUGAUGAUAAUUGUAGAUCUAUUGACAGUAGUAAAUUAUUUUAGUUUUAUAACAGUGUCAUUCAUAAAAAAAAUCCAAUUUAGAUUACAGUCUUAGACACUGCAUUAUACAAAACUGAACAAAGUACUAUAAGAAUUUUUCAUAGUGGGUUAUGAACUUCAGUUUCAUCAGUGAAAAUUAUUUUCACCCAUACUUUGACAAGGACUUUUAAAAAUAUAAUACUGAAUAUUUUUAGAUUAAAAAAAUUUUGUCCCUUUCUUGAAAUCAAUUCCAGAUCCAAUAAAAAGCUAUUCAAUAUCCUCUGUUUUAAAAUUUAUGUAUGUGUGUAUCAGAAUUGCUUUAGAAAUUUCUUUAUGGUAAUUAUUAACAUAAAAGAUACAGUGGUUGUACUUACAUGUACAUAGUUCAAGUACUUGUGUCAUGAGACUGUAGAAAGCUUCCUGUCUGUGAUAUUUUGUUAAUUUAUCUUUAAAGAUAAGAUUAUUUAUGUUAAUUAACAUUUAAGAUGUUUAUAAAGUGUGCAACAUUUAUGUAUUUUUAUUUAGUUCUGAUAAGAAGGACCUCUUUCCUUUGAAAUAUAUUUUG